AUGAGCCAAACCGAAGCACUGCGCGAGCGCCUGGGCAACGAGUACUACUUUGUGUCGGUCGAGCCCGCCCCCGUGGCUGGACCCUUCCCGCAACGGGCCGCCGACAGUAUGUCUCUCAGCCUCACCGCCGGGGGCGGUUAUAGUGUGCGGUCGCCCAUCAACUCGGGCAGUGGCGGCAGCUUCACCCUGGCCACCGACGGCGACAAGACGACGAUCACCUUCGGCGGCGCGGCAUGGACGGAGCGCGGCCUUGGGCGCGUGUCGGGCGACGACGCCAACGGUACACUGAAGCGGCGGAUGGAGGAGGCCGAGGAUUUCCUGCAGGCCCGGCUGUCGAAGGCGGCCGGUCCCUACGAGCUGGAGCUGCGCGGAGCGGAGAGCGGGCACCAGCUCGUGCUCAAGAGCCAGAGCGACGGCGCCGUGCUCAUCUUCGCCCCCCGUGAUUGA